UUCACAUGUGCGCGGGUUGUAUAUAAAGUAAGUGCUGGGUUUGAACAUGGUAGCGGUAUAAGGGUGCCAGAGUGGCUACGGUCCUUUUGGUCUGGUGUCCGUCUCUCCCGGAGAAGUGGUGGAAAGAAAAGAUGGAGAAAGGAGAUGGAGGUAAGGGGAGUAAGAAGAGAGGAAGCUCUUCCUCUCUCUCUUCUUUCAGGACAAUCUUUAUGCAUGCAGAUACUGUGGAUAUGUGGCUGAUGGCUCUGGGCUUUCUCGGCGCCAUCGGAGACGGUCUUUCGUCGCCCAUCAUGCUUCUAAUCACCAGCAAGGUCUUCAACAACCUGGGCUCUGGCCCCUCUUCCAUUGACCCUUCUCAAUUCACUCACCACAUUGACAAGAAUUCAGUGAAUUUGCUCUACUUGGCAUGCGCAUCAUGGGUGAUGUGUUUCUUAGAGGGAUAUUGCUGGACGAGAACGGGAGAGCGACAAGCGUCGCGGAUGCGAGCACGAUACCUGAAGGCAGUCCUCAGGCAGGACGUGGAGUACUUCGACCUGAAGGUGGCCUCCACAAGCGAAGUCAUCACCAGCGUCUCCGGCGACAGCCUCGUCAUUCAAGACGCCCUCGGCGAAAAGGUGCCCAACUUCAUAAUGAACGCGGCUACAUUCUUAGGAAGCUACAUGGUGGGGUUCUUUCUAAUGUGGAGGCUGGCCCUGGUGGCUCUCCCCACGGUGGUUCUUCUCAUCAUACCUGGUCUCAUGUACGGCAGGAUGCUCGCGAGCCUCGCCAGAAAAAAUCGCGAGGAGUACAACAAGGCCGGCGUCGUCGCCGAGCAGGCCAUCUCCUCGGUCCGGACCGUAUACUCCUUCGUCGCGGAGGCCCGCACCAUGGCCAAGUUCUCUGCCGCACUCGAGGACUCGGUCAAGCUUGGGCUCCGGCAGGGCCUGGCCAAGGGCAUCGCCAUCGGGAGCAACGGCGUUACCUUUGCGAUCUGGGCCUUCCUGGUUUGGUACGGUAGCCACCUUGUCAUGUACCAUGGCGGCAAAGGUGGCACCGUCUUUGCUGUCGGAGCUGCAAUCGUUGUCGGUGGCCUAGCUCUUGGGUCGGGGCUUUCGAAUGUGAAAUAUUUCACGGAGGCGAGCUCGGCGGGGGAGCGGAUCAUGGAGGUGAUCAAAAGGAUACCGAAGAUUGAUUCGGAUAGCAUGGAGGGUGAGGUUUUGGACAACAUAUCAGGAAAUGUGGAGUUCAGAGCGGUGGAGUUCGCAUACCCAUCGCGGCCGGAGAUCCCCAUCUUCAGGGACUUCAGCCUGAAGGUGCCGGCGGGGAGGACGGUGGCCCUGGUCGGCGGCAGCGGGUCGGGGAAGUCGACGGCGAUUGCGCUGCUGGAGAGGUUCUAUGAUCCAUCUGGGGGGGAGAUUUUGUUGGACGGGGUGGACAUUAGGAGGCUCCAGCUUAAGUGGUUGAGGUCUCAGAUGGGAUUGGUGAGCCAGGAGCCAGCUCUCUUUGCGACUUCCAUCAAGGAAAAUAUACUUUUUGGCAAGGAAGAUGCGUCCAUGGAGCAGGUGGUGGCGGCUGCCAAGGCCUCCAAUGCCCACAACUUUAUCUCUCAGCUGCCUCAUGGAUACGACACUCAGGCUGGAGAAAGGGGCGUCCAGAUGUCCGGAGGUCAGAAGCAGAGGAUAGCAAUAGCCCGAGCAAUUAUCAAGUCGCCAAAGAUCCUUCUCCUAGACGAGGCCACCAGCGCGCUGGACUCAGAGUCGGAACGAAUCGUUCAGGAAGCGCUCGACCUCGCGACGGUCGGCCGGACCACCAUUGUCAUCGCCCACCGCCUCUCCACCAUAAGGAACGCGGACAUCAUCGCCGUGGUCCAAGCCGGCCAGGUCAUGGAAAUCGGUUCCCACGACGAGCUCAUUCGCGGCGAGGAUGGGCUCUACUCGUCCCUCGUUCGGCUCCAGCAGACCUCGACGGCGAGCGAAGAAGGUGCCGCCACCUCCCCAUCCAUGAUAAACUUGGCAUUAUCAUCUCAGUUUGGCAGCAGCAACAGCAUGAGCCGGAGGUUCUCAGCCGCCAGUAGGUCCAGCUCCGGAAGGUCUUUUGGGAACGCAGGGGCGGCGGAGGAGUCGGAACCGGAAGCACUUCCGGUGCCUUCGUUCCGGAGGUUGUUGAUGCUGAACGUGCCGGAGUGGAAGCAGGCAUUGCUGGGUAGCUUGAGCGCCACGGUGUUCGGGGCGAUACAGCCGCUGUAUGCAUUCGCUAUGGGAAGCAUGCUAUCGGUCUACUUCUUGAACGAUCACGAUGACAUCAAGUCGAAGACCAGGACUUAUGCUCUCGUCUUCCUCUCGCUGUCGGUGUUCUCCUUCUUGAUCAACAUCGGGCAGCACUACAACUUCGGAGCCAUGGGGGAGUAUCUCACCAAGAGGGUGAGGGAGAGGAUGCUGUCGAAGAUUCUAACGUUUGAAGUGGGUUGGUUCGACCAGGAUGAGAAUUCGACUGGAGCCCUCUGUUCUCGUCUCGCCAAGGAUGCCAAUGUGGUGAGAUCCUUGGUGGGUGAUCGGAUGGCUCUGAUCAUCCAGACCGUGUCUGCAGUGACCAUCGCAUGCACCAUGGGUCUGAUCAUAGCAUGGAGGCUGGCGCUGGUUAUGAUAGCCGUCCAACCACUGAUCAUCAUAUGCUUUUACGCCCGUCGAGUCCUCCUCAGGAGCAUGUCCGGGAAGGCCAUCAAGUCCCAGUCCGAGAGCAGCAAGCUUGCAGCCGAAGCGGUCUCCAACCUUCGCACCAUCACCGCCUUCUCCUCCCAGGAUCGCAUCCUUCGCUUGUUCGAUCAUGCACAAGAGGGCCCUCGACGUGAGAGCAUUCGACAAUCCUGGUUCGCGGGCCUUGGCCUCGCCACCUCCCAAAGUCUCAUGACGUGCACCUGGUCCCUCGACUUCUGGUACGGCGGCAAGCUCGUCUCCCACGGCUACAUCACCGCGAAAGCCUUGUUCCAGACCUUCAUGGUCCUCGUCAGCACCGGCCGUGUCAUCGCCGACGCCGGCAGCAUGACCACGGAUCUCGCCAAGGGUUCCGACGCCGUGGGCUCGGUGUUCGCGAUUCUGGAUCGAUACACUCGCAUCGAGCCCGAGGACUCGGAGGGCCACCGUCCGGAGAAGCUGAUUGGCGACGUGGACAUCCGAGGGGUCGAGUUCGCCUACCCGGCGCGCCCCGAUGUGACCAUCUUUAGAGGCUUCACCCUCAGCAUCGAGGUGGGCAAGUCUACAGCGUUAGUGGGGCAAAGUGGGUCUGGGAAGUCGACCAUCAUUGGACUCAUUGAACGUUUCUACGACCCAUUAAAGGGGACACUGAGGAUUGAUGGCAAAGACAUAAAGUCAUACCACCUUCGUUCUUUGAGACGCCACAUUGGGCUGGUAGGACAGGAGCCAACUCUGUUUGCCGGGACCAUUCGAGAGAACAUCAUAUAUGGGACGGAAGGAGCGACGGAGGCCGAGAUAGAGAACGCGGCAAGGGUGGCCAAUGCUCAUGACUUCAUCAGCAACCUCAAGGAUGGAUAUGACACAUGGUGCGGGGAUCGUGGGGUACAGCUCUCGGGGGGACAGAAGCAGAGGGUUGCAAUUGCGAGGGCAAUUCUAAAGAACCUGGCGAUUCUAUUAUUGGAUGAAGCGACAAGCGCAUUGGAUAGUCAAUCAGAGAAGGUGGUGCAGGAGGCAUUAGAGAGGGUGAUGGUGGGGAGGACUAGUGUGGUGGUGGCUCACCGGUUGAGUACCAUACAAAAUUGUGACCUCAUAGCGGUGCUGGAGAAAGGGGUCGUGGUGGAGAAGGGGACUCAUGGCUCCCUUCUGGCCAAGGGGCCCACAGGAUCUUACUACGGGUUGGUCAGACUCCAGCAAGGCAACAAGGGGGGACAACCCUAAGGGCCUAAACGCGAGUGUAAAAUAUCUAUUCACUUUGUCGGAUAGCAGAGCGCGUUAGAUCGUCGAUUUUGGAUGUCCUUUAGUUUGGCUGCAGUUGCUCCAGAACAUAAUUGCUUAUUAUACCAAUUGGGUUUUCUGUUUCU